AUGCUUGAGUGGAUUGAGAUCUGGGGGACUCUGAAGGCCAAGUCACCCCCUUUAACUUUCUGUCAUGUUCUCCAAAGCACUGAGCAACGUCUGCAGGGCAGCAGGGAGCUAAUCCUGAGGAACGAGGACUCCAGGAUACUGGUGGUGGUGAAGAGGUGGUCCAGACGAUGGCUGGACUGGAGGAGAGAGAUCGAGCUGCUGGCAGAUCUCGCCUACAACGGCUUGACAACGUUCUCAGGUUAUCAGACUCUGGGUGAAGAGUACGUGGGCAUUAUCCAGGUGGACCCCACUAAACAGCAGAUCCCGUCUCGGGCCAGACGAGGCCUCUUCAUCCUCUGCCAUGCCCUCUUUCCUUAUCUCCUGGACAAGCUCCUGGUGUGCCUGGAAAACGAGCUGGAGGCCGCUCAGGAGGGUCACCGCAGUGUCCGCCGGCGACAGCCAGCGUCCGGGCUGUGGAGCCUGGAGGCCUGGCUGAGGGGGCGGGUGGGCCGGGCCGUGGGGCUGCUGUCGGAGCCCCAGAGGAGGGCGUGUCUGCCAGCUGUGUUUGUUGUCCAGCAGGGUCUGGCCCUCCUGCACCGGCUCCACGUGGCUCUGUUCUACAUCAGCGGCUCCUUCUAUCACCUGUCCAAGAGGGCGGCCGGCAUCAGCUACGUGCGUGUGCUGGCGCUGAGCGGUGCCGACGCCUCCAUCAGGAGCAGCUACAGGCUGCUGGGGGUCGUGUCCAUCCUCCAGCUGCUCAUCACCGUCUGCCUGCAACUCAACAACUUCAAGCAGAGACAGAGAGCCCGGCAGGAGUGGAAGCUCUACCGGACCCUCAGUCCUCAGCACUCUCAGAGCUCCAGCCCCAGAGCUGCUCGCUGCAUCCUGUGCCUGGAGGAGAGGAGACACACCACCUCCACCCCAUGUGGACACCUGUUCUGCUGGGAGUGCAUCACCGAGUGGUGCAACACCAAGGCGGAGUGCCCGCUGUGUCGGGAGAAGUUCCAGCCUCACAGACUGGUGUACCUGAUGAACUACAGGUAGAACCAGAACCAGGUGCUGCCACACUGACGCUCAGCGCCGCUGGAUCGGCGUCCAGCAGUCACCCUGAACUCACACCCGACCUACACGGGUUCCUGUUGAUGUUGUUUUGAUUAAUUGCCUCUCAUUAAGAGAAGUUUUUGAUUGAGAAUUAAAUUUUGGAUUGUAUCAGUCAGAUCAUGUAAACACUAAUGAAUAUGUAAAUGUUACCAGAGUUAAUAAAGUGGGACACCAUCCAGA